UGGGUUACAACUACUAAAGUCCAAUAAAAACUUCCAUAGACAUAAAGGUGAAAUGCCACAGGAGUCACACUUGUGGUUGCAGUGGAAGUAUAUCAUCCAUCAUAAAGCAUCAUCUCCUCCAGCAGCAGCAUGCAGCAGCCUGCCUAUACCUCUGAUCACUGCAGAAUAAGACUCAUUAAAGAGAGGGGAUGUUUUGUGAGCAGCACCAACAGGCUGACAACACAGAUGCAUCGUCUUCCUCCGCGCAACGUGCCUCUGGAAAGACAGCUGUUGCUAGAAAACGCAGUGUUUGUCAUCUGAAUCCCCCUCCUCGACCGACUGCGUGGUUCAUUCCAGCGGCUCGGUGUCCUCAGUGCGAGCCGAGGUGUGUUUCUGCAGCUCUGUCUCCAAACACGGAGCCGGAGAGCGCUUCAAUCACUCCGCUGACGAGCCCAGCAAAGCAAAAGCAAAAGCGCAUUUCGAUGGAGAGGUUAGGACCGAGGAGCAUGCAUCCUCUGCUGCAGGACUGGUUUACGCACAACUGUUAAUGGGAAUGCAUCCACUGUCUGCAGAAACUGUCUCUGAAUCGUCUUGGCCCUCGGCUGCGGGGCCGUGAGCAGUGACCAUGACGUAUCCCAACACCAGCAUACUGACAGCCAACUUCAGUGGAGCUCUGGACGGCCAUGACUCCGGGGGAAACAUCUACCGGCCUUUUUCUGUUUUCAGCGUGCUCACUCUGACACUACUGGCAAUGCUAGUGGUGGCCACCUUUGUGUGGAACUUGCUGGUGCUGGUUACCAUCCUGAGGGUGAGGACAUUCCACCGGGUGCCCCAUAACCUCGUGGCGUCCAUGGCCAUCUCCGACGUGAUGGUGGCCGCCCUGGUCAUGCCGCUCAGCCUCGUCCACGAGCUCAACGGCAGGCUGUGGAAGCUGGGCCGCGUGCUGUGCCAGGUGUGGAUCUCCUUCGACGUGCUCUGCUGCACGGCCAGCAUCUGGAACGUGACGGCCAUCGCGCUGGACCGCUACUGGUCCAUCACCAGGCACCUGGAGUACACGCUCAAGACGCGCAAAAAGAUCUCCAACGUGAUGAUCGCGCUCACGUGGGUGCUGUCCUCCAUCAUUUCCCUGUCGCCGCUGUUCGGCUGGGGGGAGACGUACACGGAGGGGAUGAAGUGCCAGGUGAGCCAGGAUCCGUCCUACACGAUCUUCUCCACCUUCGGAGCGUUUUACCUGCCGCUUUGUGUGGUGCUGUUUGUUUAUUGGAAGAUCUACAAGGCUGCCAAGUUUCGGAUUGGCUCCCGCAAGACCAACACAAUAACACCCAUGGCUGAGGUAAAGGACGAAACACAUCAUCCGCAGAUGGUGUUUACUGUGCGCCACGCCACCGUGACCUUCCAGACAGACGGGGACACAUGGCGCGAGCAGAAGGAGAAGAAAGCGGCGCUGAUGGUGGGCAUUUUGAUCGGCGUGUUUGUACUUUGCUGGAUCCCGUUCUUCAUCACCGAGCUCAUCGUCCCACUGUGCUCCUGUGACAUCCCGCCCAUCUGGAAGAGCAUCUUCCUGUGGCUGGGCUACUCCAACUCCUUCUUUAACCCGCUCAUAUACACCGCCUUUAAUAAGAACUACAACAAUGCCCUGAGGAACCUCUUCUCCCGGCAGCGCUAAGCCACUCGGCGCGCUCGGCAGACACACUACACCAGCAUGCACUCCACAGUGUUACUCCUGCAGACAGAGACUGUCUGUAUCUGUCACUCAAUCAUCCUUCAGAUGGAUGAUAACCAGAGACUGUGUCUGAAAAACUGUCUUUAAAAACUGUGUUGUUUAUAUUUAUGUUUUGUUUAUGCUGAGGUAACCUCACAGCUGGACUGAGACGGGUGUCUGAGCUACAAAGACAGGAAUAAAUUGGUUGUGUUGCAGGCGGCAGUAGUGGAGAAAGUGCUGUCUACAUGUCGGUUUUCCUUCUGCCUUUUCAGGCUUAUUAGGGAGGAAGUAAUGUUAAUUUCCUCGUAAACAGUUUCAUCAUCAUAUGUGAAGCUACUGGGACUAAUUUCAAAGUAGAGCUGGAAGAAAUAUCCAAGAACAACCUUGUAGAACUGCACCAAAAACAACCUCAUAAAUAGGCUAACAAACCAAGAACAAACUGUGGAUUAUUUUCUAAACUACACAACAAAAUGCUCACCAUCGUAGAUCAUAUUUCAAACAAAAAAAAUAUAUGGAUUUCAUUAUAGAAAAGAAGGAUUAUCUGACCUGAAAUCCCUCCAGUAAAGAUACCUCCACCUUGUAGCUAUAGGUAGACAUAAACUCUCUGACUUCACAUGCAAUUUAUUCAUACACACUUCUAGAUAAAUGUACAAUCUCUCCUCUGAUGCUGGCUAUCUAUACACAGAUUGUCUUUGCACAUACACCUACACACUUCCAUGCAUUUUUUAAAGCAGGAAAAUAGCAGAACAAGUUAUUAUGUCUAUCAUCUCUGAAUAGAUGCAACAUUGAGGAGCAGCAGCCACGAAUUAUCACAUCUGACUCCAGAUAAAUAAAGUAACCGUCAGAUACAGAAGAUAUGUAAAGCUAUUCACAGCAUUAUCGCAACAAUAGAUUCUGUGGAAAAGGAAUUCAAUCAGAAAAUAAAAAAUAGUAUUGCUUUAUUGUAUAGAGAAGCUAAAGUGCUGAGACAAUGCAUGUUUUAAAGUAUGACUUAUAUUAUAGUCGGGGGUUAUGGGAGUAAGUGAAGCUAAUGUUAACCAAUACAAAUAUCCCUAAUGGGCUCAGCACAGAAAACUUGUGCUUCAGUUGGUCUAAUGAUGCUUUUUAUACGACUCCCCCUCCCUGCUUCCUGCACAAAUUGCCACUUUCUACUGAAAGUGUUCAACACUGUAGAAUCAGUAAGUGAAGCUUUAUUUCGGUGUGUAAUAUACUGUAAUGUGAGGAAUCAAGCAUGAUAAAUUGAUCCUUAGCAAAUAGUUGUGCUGUAUGUAAGUGAGAGCAACAUCAAAGUAUCACAAAUCUAAUAAGAUGUUCGUUUUUUAACAAGUACAUCUAACGUCGCUGUCCAGUGAAAACCAUGUAUCUCCAAAUUUGGUGAUUUUGAAUUCUUAAAGCUGGGGACACACCAAGCCGACAUCAUAGAACUAGCGGCGACGAAGGCCACCCGUUGAUUCGCCUUAUGUCGUCUUUGUCUUCGCCAAAAAGUUGCACUCAAACACACCGCAAAGACGACAGCCAACGGCAAACUACCACGUACGUUCUGCGCCUGCGUG